AUGUCGCGCCGCUACCCGACCGCUGAGCUGUACGAGGAGCGUCAGCGCGACUUCUACCGCGGCCGCGACCGUGUUGACCGCAGCUACGACGAACUCGACCUCGAACUCUCUCGCGGCACCAACCCCCGCAGGAGUGCCCCCGAUUUCUUUCGUGACGAUUAUGGCCGUUCCAGCACCGCCGGCCAGCUCGUCGUGCGAAAGCGAGAGGAAGACAUGUCGUCCACCAGGAGCUCGCGAGGCGGACGCCGCGAAGUCGAAGAGGAUACCCUGGUGAUUCGAGGAGGGCGAGGCGGCCCACCUUCGCCAGUGAGCGUAAGAGAGAUCGACCGUGAAGAUAUCAAAAUCCGCAGAUCCGAUGGGGAGCGUCGUCGUCCGAGAGACGUCGAGAGGGACGAGACCGACGUUACGAUCCGCCAUCGAUCGCACUCACGCCCUAGGGUCGAGGUCCGAGAUGUCGAGCGGGAUGACAUCACUUUCCGCCGCGGUGACGGCUCCAGACCGCGACGUCGCGAAGUCGACUUCGAGCGAGAGGAGGUCAAGUUCCGUGAACGCGAGCCUGCCAGGCGUGAUGUCGACCACGAGGAAUAUGUGUUCCGCCACGAGCACAGAGAUGAUAGCCGUCAUGGCCGCGACACCGAGUACCACAAGGACACAUUUGUAGUGCGUGGGCGUGAGCGCAGCCUGCCUCCUCCUCGCUCGCGAGGAGACCUGGUUGCGAGGGAACGAGAGGAAUUCGUCAUUCGACGCCGUGAGCCUUCUCCUCCGCCAGCGCCGCGAGAAGUCAUCAAGGACGAGAUCAUCAUUAGACGCAAGGAGGAGCGUUCUCCGAGCCCAGAGCCGCUUCCUCCGCCUCCUCCGCCACCGCAACCAGAGAUUCGACCUCCGAUCAUCCAAGAGAUCAUUACGCACCAUCGUCACAUUGAUCACGGCGUCGAGCGAGCCAGAUCGCCCACCCCUCCUCCACCCCCUCCAACCCCACCUCGCGAUGAGAGUCUCGAAAUCUCAAUUCGCCGGAAAGAGAGCCGAGGCGGACGUGGAUUUGAAGAAGAUAUUCUUUUUGAGCGAGAGGAGAGGAAGUCCAGAGAGAUGGAUAUAUCACACACGAGAGCCCGCUCCUUGAGCGCCCCAAGGCGCCGCGCCACACCUUCGGUUGACUCCGACUUUGAGUCCGAGGCCGACUACUACAACCGCAAGGCCAUGGAGCGAGCCUACCCUGGGGAAGGCUAUAACGGAGCAACCAAGCACUGGACCAUUGUCGACGUCCCUCCUGGGACAAGCCGUGUGCGGAUGGACGGCAUCGGAGGUGGUGCUCAAGAGAUCACAUGGCAGCGUUACAAUGGUGUCCGCAGGUCCAAAUUCAUCAGUGGGGAUGACGAGCGUGCCACCGACUAUGGCCUGCCCUCGCCUCCUCCGAAGAAGAAAGAUAUGUGGACCGAGAUCACCAAGGAUCUGGUGGUCAAGGAGGCAAUAGAGAUCAUGGGCUAUGACUAUGAGGAGACGGACUACUUCUUCUACGUCAUGAUGUAUCUUCGCUAUGAGGAUGUUCUGCAGCUCGUCGAGCUUUCCGACGACAUCCGUCGGCGACGCAAGUCUCGCAUCCGCGAGAUUGAGUAUGAGCGCGAGGAGAUUCGCGCACCGAGACCGCCAAGCUACGAUGAGCGGUUCUAUGAGCGCGAAUUCACGUACGACAGCAGCCGUCGCCGAUAUCGAUGA